AUGGAUACAUUUGAAUCGCCAACAUCGUCAUCUUCAUCAUCUAAUAACAACAAUACGAAUAACAAUAACAAUAAUGCACACCGUAAUGCUUGGAAUAAUUAUCCUUCUGAAUGUUAUUCAACAGGUGUAGACUACUAUCGAUCGUAUGGAGGAGCGCCGUUUACGUCACUUCCCUGGAUGGAAUCAAGUAAAUAUACAGUCGGUAAUUGGCCAACUCAAACAUCAUCGACGUUUCCUUAUUCGUCUACCCAUCCCCAACCGCCACAUGCUCAUACGAAUUUCAUAUCAUCAACAAAUGCAACAUCGUCGUCGGCGGCUGUGGCAACAUUCGGUCAGACAUACUACCCUCCAACACCACCGAAAGAUCUUCCACAUGAUACAUUACUCGAUGCAUCCAGUAAACAACAACAACAGCAACAGCAACAGCAGCAGCAGCAACAACAACAACAAGAAUUACUCAAUAAUAAAAUCUACCAUUCACAGCAUCAUCCACAUCAGAAUCUUUUCCAGAAUACAACAUCACCAACAUCAAGUGCAGCUGCUGCGGCAGCAGCCUACCAUCAUCAUCAUAACUGGGGUCACGUUCUGAAAGACCCGUCAAUGUUUUGGUCAACUAUGAAAUCACCAACAGAUUCAACAGGAAAGCUUUCUAAUUCAAAUUCGAAAAAGAAACCUAGUCAAGCUGAAGGUCGCGAAUGUGUGAACUGUGGAGCUAAAGCUACACCUCUUUGGAGACGCGAUGGUAAUGGUAAUUAUCUAUGCAAUGCUUGUGGUCUUUAUCAUAAAAUGAAUGGACACAAUCGGCCAUUGAUUAAACCCAAACGGCGUUUAUCAACAGUUAAGAAAACAGGUGUUCAUUGUUCAAAUUGCAAUACAUGUACUACGACAUUAUGGCGACGAAAUGGUCAUGGAGAAAGUGUUUGUAAUGCAUGUGGCUUAUACUAUAAAUUGCAUAAGGUUAAUCGCCCAAUAACACUGAAAAAAGAGAACAUUCAAACACGGAAUCGCAAACCAAACACGAAACGCAGUGGUAAUGGAAGUUUACUUGCCAGUAGUUCAUCAUGCAGUAUGAAAGAUAAAGAUCCAUUCUCUUAUGGACUUUUAAUGAAGAAUGAACCAGCAUUAAAUGGUUAUCAUGCUCAAGCAGCCGCUGCAGCUAUGGCAGUUAACGGUGCAUCCACAUCAUCUUCACCAUCAUCAUCAGCUUAUCAUCAAUCUCAACAAGCAGCAUAUGCAGCUGCUGCCGCACUUCAUCCGUUGUUUUCCUCGUCCAUGCUCUCAUCGAUCGGGACAGCCACAACCACCACAGGAACAGCAACAGGUAUGUCAUCGUCAUCCUCAUCAUCAAAUUCUUCAUCUCCAAUCAAAUCAUCGUAUAUAUCAAGUCAACAGCAUCAUGUUGGUGUUUAUCCUCCGUACUUUUGA